UCUCGCUGACGCCAGAUGCAUUCGAGGACCUAUUAACACAAUUCAAGCGUUCGUAUGUUGUGCUGUCGCACCCAUUCCGUGGUGGACGUCCUCCGCGUAUUCCCCACAAGCACGCUGUUCUGGCCAUGGUUCUGCACUUUUACACCGCUGCUCUGGAAUCAAAGACACUACAGGAGCUCUUCGGCCUGUCAGCCACAACCUUCUCCAGAGUCCUGCACAGAGCUGAAGAAGCUCUUACUGUUGUGUUGAAGGCGAUGAAGGAUGCGCGUAUCCAGUGGCCAUCCAAGAAGACCCAGUCAUUGUGGGCAAGCAAGACGCAAGAGAGGGAGCCGCUUGUGACGGGCGUGUUUGUGGAUGGGAAGAACUUUCGCGUCCAGGUCCCUACCAACGCUGAUCUACAAAAUGCGCAGUACAACGGUUUGUGCGCUUGUCACUUUACUGUUUAA